UUCGCAUGAUUUCUUGGUGGGGUUGGGUGGUGGUUGCCUUAUCGUCUGUUCAGUAUGCACUCGUACUUGGGCCUGUUUACAACUACAGUAUUGUUUUGUUGAGUUUCCAAGAGGAAUUUCACACGAGUACGUCUUUUACUGGUUGGGUUGGGUCCCUGGCCCAUGCCUUGGUGUCCAUUGGAACACUACCCGCCGCUGUAUGUCUGAGGAAGCUAAGCCCACGAGUGGUGACCUUCAUGGGGAUAUUCCUGUACUGUGGAGGGGUGGCUUCGACAGCGUUCGUCCCGUCUCUCGGUUAUGUCGUCGUGACCUACAGCGUCAUAUCUGGGCUAGGGAUGAGCUUCGUCGUCCAGGCGGGGAUUGUCCUGACGCUUGCUUGGUUCCCGAAGAAAUACUGCGCCCGGGCGACGUCCGCUCUUAUGAUUGGAACUCCGUGCGGUACUUUAAUAUCAGGACCAGUCCUCAAUGGACUAACUGCAGUUUUGGGAUGGAGACACGCUUUCCUUAUCAUCGCGAGCUUCACUCUUGUCGUCAGCUCAGUUGGUGCGUCCUUCCUUUCAAACCCUCUACCGGGAAAACCGUCUCAAGUACCCAAGGAAAUUACCACCGAGACGGAAGACGACGAUGAUAAACAGCACCACGUGGUCUUAGAGGAUUUUGAAUUGCCGCCAUUUUAUUGCCAUUGUGACCCUUGGCUGUGGUUUGUUGGCAUCGGUAUCGGGAGCCUCUCCUGGGGAUUUCUAGCCACGAAUUUGGCGAGCUUCAUGAAUGACAUUGGUCUGACGAUAGGUGAUGUCUCAUUCGCCAUCAUCUCUAUCUCAAUGGGGGACAUCAUCGGCAAGAUCUUGAUUUCGGCGUUCCUGGAUUCCUUGAAGUUCCUGAAGAUUUUCUUCAUUGCCGGAUCGUUCAUAUCUUGCGGUAUCUUUUCCGGAUUACUCGUGAACACGUCGACUCUUAUUCCGGUGAUCGUUCUAACAUUUCUUCUUGGCCUUGCCCGUGCUGCGUUUUUUGGAACGGUCAUAGUGUCUGCGAUGGAACUAUUCAGUGUGUAUGGGAUCGAGACUAUCACCAUAAUCACCCUCGUACCCUUCGGAAUAGGGACUCUUAUCAGCGCUCCCCUGUCAGGCGGACUAUUUGACUUGACUGGAGACUACACACUUAGUCUUCUCGUCCUGGUGUUCCUUCUCACGCUCUCCACCAUUUGCAUGUUGUUAAUUCCCUUCAAGAUGGAGCUAAGGUCAUGGCGCAUGCGUGGUAGGUCACCAGACACAAGCCCAAUUGAUGGAAUGUCUCCCUCUGUUGACGGAGUUAACAAGUCCGUGGCAGGUGGACUGUCACGUGGUGUUGACGACAACAUGACGAAUAUGGGAUUUACUGAUGAUUUCUAAGUUUAAUAGGUUAAAGACUCAAUUCGGAAGGAGUGGGGUUUGGUGUGGGGUUGGGUGCAUACAACUGUUGAAGACAUCGAGGCUCGAUUAGAUGAACUGUUGGAUGAAGUAGUGAUUGCAAAUGUAUAUAUAUUUUUAUCUAUGGACUAUUCAGGUAUUUGUUUUACAUUGUAUGGACUGCUACAGCGCCACCUAUCGUCCAAAAGCCUCAAAUUUGUCACACAUGUAUGCGAGUAAAUAAUCACAACAAAUGAACAACCAAUGAGAAAUAGAAAUUGUGUUUAUAUACUUGUAAUAUAUGAAUCUAGAAAGUAUUAAAAGUACAUUAUUGGUAUCUUUGAUCAAUGUUAAUAUUGUUUUAAAACAAAAAUGAGCAUGAGAAGCAAUAUUUCUUUCCAUUUAAUAAGAAAUACUUUGUCUUCAUUCAAUGUUUGAGAAAUAUUCAUUUGAUAUGUAAUUUUUUUGUGUGUGAAAAAUAUACAGGUAUUAUGAAAAAUCACGGUCAGUCCAAGUCGUCCUGAGCUAUACAUAAUGGGAGACUUUGGAACGCUAGGUGGCAGCAUUUAUACCAAGUAAAUUUCCAUUAUUUAUCAUAUUAAAG